UGUUUACUUUAUUUAGAGCUCUUCCUUUAUCUAUUAGCUCGAAAUAUUUAUUGUAGCUCGCCAACACCAAAUAGGAUAGAGGGCGUAUCAACUAAGCCGUCAAACGAUAACGUGUAUGGCCUUUCAAAAUUGUGUGAAUUGAUUCAAUAAUGGUUAUUCAUUGGAUUGAUAUUGAUAUCUACGUAUCUACGUUAUCUCUGUCUCCGAUUAUACUUUCAGGUAAACACUCUCGGCUAUAAUCAAAUCGGAUACAAAAGAAGAAAAGUAUAUUACAGCUUAUUCUAUUGUUACUCUCUAUCUAAGUUCGGGAGAAGCGAUGAUAAUUUUCUGUCGCUACGAUACCGAUACUAACGAAUGGUUACCAUAGACUUUAUUAUUAGAAAUAAAUGUACGUGUUAAUAAAAACAGAAGGCCACACGCUGUGCUAACGCCGAAAGAUACGGUAACAAUAAUUCGAAUGCUAGCAGAAUGAAAAUAUACCGUGUGGAUUAGCUGUUCAUAUUUUAACGUGACGAUCAAUUCCCGUCACCGAAACAUUCUCUUAUAUAACGAUGGACUCCCUAACGCCUAGAAAGUCAAAGCUGAAACUUCGACUUGACCGAGAUCCUAUUUUCAAUCUGAAAAGGCUGAAACUGUCCGGGAAAGAACUCAAUGAUGUCCCCGAUGAGUUGUUUGACAUGAUCAAGAUCGAGUUUUUGGAUUUGAGCCCAGAACGCGAGUCUUGUCUGCACUGGCGGUUACCAGAGGUUCCAUGUAGGAUCAACCAGUUGGUGAACCUCCGCGUACUUUGCCUCGAUACAAAUGAGCUCGUAUUUAUACCACCGGAGGUCGGCGAGCUCCACAAUCUAGAGCGACUGACUCUAAGUAACAAUCUACUCACAGACUUGCCGUCAUCAAUACAAAACCUCCAACGACUUAAGAGUUUACACAUGGCAAAUAACUUUUUCGAAGAAAUACCACGAGAGGUUUUCAAAUUGAAGAGACUGGAGUUUCUAGACGCCAGUGACAAUAAUAUAUCAGUGAUCCAAGAAGAUAUUGGGCUACUUGUAAGCCUGGAGACAUUGCUCCUCUUGUACAACUCUAUCAAGCACAUCCCAGACUCGCUUUGUAACUGUACAAUGCUACGUAAUGUCUGGCUCGGUGUCAAUAAGCUACAAUCAUUACCCAGAAAUUUCGGCAAUUUGAAACGUCUCGAUUGGGCAGAAUAUCCGCACUCAGCAAACAUUGAAGGUAACAAGUUAAUUUCACCACCGAUAGAAGUGUGUAGACGCGGCGCAGCUGCAAUAGAGGAAUACUUUAGGAACACAGAGGAUAUGCCAGAGGAAAAUGAUGGCAUGCAAUUAGACUCAAUGCGGAAAUCUUCUGAGGAAACACAAUGGAGUCCACGGUCGGAUUUACCACCACCGGCGUCAAAUGCUUCAGGAAACACAAUACUCGGACGAGUAGUUAGAGGUGAGCCGAAGCUAAACAAUAAGCACAACAGACACGGAUGGAUUGACCUUGCUAUUCGACCGAAAGCACGACCUGUCAGUAAAACCGUCUCUUCAAAUAAAGUGCCCGUCGCCACUGAUUACCUUAGUCCACGAUAUUCGACAGGAAAGAAAAUCAGGACUCGAAAAACGUCCAAGGAGAAGGAAAAAUGAAGGCGAAACCAAUUCUAUACUCUUUGCCGAGACAUCAAAGUUGUAGUUAUCGUUUGGUAUCAUCUCGUUGUCAAUCAUUUGGAUGGAUGUUAUAAAAAAAAAAAAAAAAAAAAAAAAAAACCCUCUUAGGUUAUAAAUUUACAAGUUUAAAAGUAAGAACAAAAACAAAUUUAUAGACGAUCAUACAUCGUGUGGAUUAUUAUUUAGGUGAGUUAGGGAUAAACAUUUUCAACAAUGACAGAAAAAGACUGCAGAAGAAGCGUUGAUUACUAAUAAUAGAGUAUUUGUGACGAUAGAUUAAAAUCAGGAAAACUAGACAUUUAGUCAUAUAAUGACUGAAAUAGUUUGUUGUACCACGUUAUAACGUAGGCCUAUACAGAAUAUUUUUAAAAGAAUCACAAUGUAAAUACUAAGUAUAACUAAAUUACAACUACGUACAUGUGGUGCUAGGCCUUUUUGAAUUUAGGAUGAAAAAUACAGGUCCGAAAAUAAAUGUGGAUUAAACUGAUGAAGCAAUAGGCCUAGUUGCGAUUUUAUCAAGAAUGCGCAGGUAACUAUACAUUAUUGAGUUAGGCCACAUUCAAAUUCUGGUUUUGCUAUCAAUCAAUCAAUUAAUCAAUCAAUCAAUCAACAAGGAUUUAUGUAGCGCCAAUAUCCACGACAGAAUGCAAUGUUCAGGGCGAUAUGACAAUGGUACCGUAUUAUUCAAAGUGCACAUUAACAUGCUGAUGUUGAUUAACAAUGCUUACAAGUACGAUUAUGAAAAACAAUUUUAAAAAUACAAAACCCAAAAAACAAACAAUUUAAAUGUGUGUCAAAAAAAUUAGAAUGAGAUGGAAGAGAUAAGUUUUAACUUUUUCUUAUACAUACUGACAGAAGAUGAGGUUUUGAUAUCAAGAGGAAGAGCAUUCCAUAAUAUAGAGGCGGCACCCAGAUUUUUAUAUCUCCACCUGCCUUGCUCUAGAAGGUGCUUGUUAAUGGUUUAAGAAGGCGAGGAAUAGAUUUAUGUUUGAGGAGAUUAGAGAUGUAAUUUGGGGGCAGGUCCAUUGAGUGCCUUAUAUGUUAUAAGCAUCGUCUUUAAAGAUAUGCGUUCCUUGAUAUUAAGCCAUUUUAAGUUAUGAAAGUACAUUCAGUCUCCGGAUAUAAUUAUUAACCAGGCUCAGCAAACAUGAUAUUGGAGGUAAUAUUUUUUUUUAAAAACAUUUUAUGAAGCUUGAUGACAAAAGAUUUAUAUGAUGAGAAUAAUAAAAGUAGAUUAUAUUGCAA